UAAUCGUGGGCCUGUGAUUUGUUUUUAGUGGACAGAGUGCUGCAGCAGCCAGUAGGGGUGCUCAAUUCAGCCAGCUGAUCUUGCACACCCUUGAACGUCCAAAAAAGGUCUGCCAGAGCGGCUGGUGAGCAGAGCUCCAGCUAAGAAUAACCUGUAUUUUCUGGGCGGAUAGAGUUACCUUGCAGCCUUCCUGCUCUCUGCACUGGCCUAUACCCAUGUGAGCCCCCAGAAACACUGGGUGAGAUAUUGUGCAUUUCCCCUCACCCUGCCCAGCCCUGUGCUUAGCUUGGCUGAUUCUUCCCCUGUGUCGCUUUACUUUGCCCCACUGUCCCCAGACCCCCUUUUUUAAUGCUGCCUCACAGGCAGCUCCAAAUUCCCCAACAUAUGUAGGCUUUCAAUUAAUGCUUAAUUUUCCAUUUUCUACUUUUUAAACCCUUGGACAAGUUCCACCUGUGGAUGUUAUGGGUAAGAAGACAAGGCUGUGACGGUCCAAGUGACAAUGGAAUAAUUUACUACCUGGGACGCUUUUUUUUUUUUCCUGAGAAAGUGGAUUCAAACUGGAUUUACUGGAGCCGUCACCAGUUAAUUCUUCAUGAGGAGGCUUUGUCUCCAAUUUAAAGUAUCCUACCUGAGAUAGUCUACACGUCACAAUGGCUGAAGUAGCCAAAUCAGCCUCCCACGCUGCAGCCACUGGGUCCAGUGACGGAGCAGCAGCGCCACAGACGAGCUCUCUCAGAUCCAAAGGUCUGGGGCUGCUCAACAAGGUGAAAAUGUCUGUUGAGCUGCUGAUUGCCCUUGCUGCUCUCCUGUCCUGGCUGGUUGUAGGUGUGGUGAUGUUUGACUUUGUUGAGUACAAAGCAGUCCCCGACAUCCAGCAGAUCAUAACGGACCCUGUCCAGGCCGUGAACGACGCCACUGAUGAGUUAUCCAGUCUGCUCAAUAAGUUUCAAGAAUGCGCACCGGAUUUAAGUGACCCCAUGUCAGCUGCCAGAUACGCAGCCGAGGAAAUAUCAGAAGCAAAAGAUGGGUUUGUUCGAUAUUUGUCAGAUGAAGAAGGGAACUUCUACCUCAGCUACAUUGACCCUGUGGUCAUUGGUAGACAAGCUUUCCAUUCAACGAAUGACUUCAUAGGUGGAGCACUGGGUUCCUUCAGGGACAUACUGUGUGCUGUUGUGGAUACAUCACUGGAAACCAUAGAAGAUAUUAAAAAAGGAAAAACUGAUCUUGGCUAUAUUGACCCUGUAAUGAUAGGCAGAGGUGUCUUUAAUGCUACUAAUGAGUUCAUGUGUGGAGUGGCGAGCUACAUCCAGGAUGUGCUCUGUUCCAUACUGGACACUACACUGAAUGUAGUGAAAGGAACCGUCGACAUUAGCUUCAUGGACCCUGUGGUAAUAGGAAGAAAUAUAUUCCACGUCACAAAUGACACAGUGAGUGGAAUAUUUGGCUACAUCCAGGACGUGCUCUGUGCCAUCGUAGACAUGAUACUGGAUGUAUUCAAAGGAACCACUGACAUUAGCUUCAUUGACCCCGUGGUUAUUGGCAGAAAUGCCUUCAGUGUUACUAAUGACUUUGUGAGUGGACUAUUUGGCUACAUCCAGGGCGUGCUCUGCGCAGUCUUGGAUGUCAUACUGGACACGCUAAAAGAUAUCCAGCAUACCUUGGGAUUUAGCCCCAUGUCAGUUUUUAAGUCAGCAGCAGAAAUCACCAAAGAGCAGACAAACCUGCUUGCGAGCUACAUCUCCUCAACACUGAUUGGUGAACAAGGAAUCAUGCCUGAAGUGUCCAUUGACCCAAUGAAAGUUGUUGAAGAUGCUGUGUCAGAGCUCACAGACAAGAAGGAUUUGCUCUUAGCUUACAUGUCAAGCAUGAUUGUUGGUGAUCAGGGGGAACCUGUCACCACCCCAGGUGUAAAUGUAGUAACAGAAAAAGAUGAAGCUGUACCUUCCCCAUCUGAUAUCAAUUUAGUAAGAAGGAAAGGGAAAUUUCUGCCUCCAUUUGAAAAAGUUCUGAAAGAAGCAAAGGAAAGACAUGCAAUAGAAGAAGUUAAAGAUGGCAUUAUUAAAGAUCUCAAAGCUGCAGCACCUGUGAUGGAGAAGAAAAAAGAUAAGGAAGCCAAAGAGUUUGAAACAGUAGAGAUAAAACCAAAAGAAGUAAAACUAAAGGAGAAGCCCGAAGUUGACGCAAGACCUCUUAAACUGAAAGAAAAGAAGCCCAAAGAGCCCAAAAAGCCUGUAAGAGGAAUUAAAAUUGUCAAGAAGGAGGUUGCAUCUGUUCUUAAGAAGGAACAUCUCAAUGUUACAAAAGCAGAAGCAGCUCCGAAGGAGCCUAAGAAGGAGCCAACGCUAAAAGUAAAGCCUACACCUGUAAAACCAGAUGCUGAGGUUACAAAAGAAAGAGUAAAACGAGCUCCUUCAGAGAAGGAAGCACCAAAGAAAAAGGCUAAAGCACAUCCUGCAAAGAAAGAAGCUGUUGCUCCAAAAGAAAAGCCCAAACCAGUGAUCUUGGCUAAAGAACAACAAGGUACUGCUAGAAAUGCCUCACUGGUGAAAGAGAGGGUUAAAAUUGUGCCUAUGAAGAAAGUGGUCAAGAUGCCAAAAGAGAAAGUCAGAGCUGUCUCUGCAAAGACAACUGAGGUUUCAAAACAGAAGCUCAAACCAAUUCUAACCAAGAAAGAGCCAGCUCCAGUUAAGACAAAACCAGCCCCAGCUAAAGAGGCAGAAGCACCACACAAAAAUGUUACUCUAACAAAGGAGAGGGUGAAGGUGGUGCCACUGAAGAAAGUGCCUGUAACUCCAAAAGUAAGAGCCAAACCAGAACCAACCAAAAAAGAAGCUGAGGUUCUUAAGAAGAAGAAAGCUGAGCCAGUGACUCCCAAAAAAGAGCCAGCUCCCAUUAAGACAAAACCAGCCCCAGCUAAAGAAGCACCACACAAAAAUGUUACUCUAACAAAGGAGAAGGUGAAGGUGGUGCCACUGAAGAAAGUGCCUUUGACACUGAAAGAGAGAGUUAAACCAGAACCAACCAAAAAAGAUGCCAAAAAGCCUGUAAGAGGAAUUAAAAUUGUCAAGAAGGAGGUUGCAUCUGUUCUUAAAAAGGAACAGUUCAAUGUUACAAAAGCAGAAGCAGCUCCCAAGGAGCCUAAGAAGGAGCCAACGCUAAAAGUAAAGCCUACACCUGUAAAACCAGCUGAGGUUUCAAAACAGAAGCUCAAGCCAGUUCCAAUCAAGAAAGAAGCUGAGGUUCUUAAGAAGAAGAAAGCUGAGCCAGUGACUCCCAAAAAAGAAGCUGAGGCUAAGCCAGUUCCUGCUAAGAAAGAGCCAGAGGUUACAAAGGAAAAACUGAAACCAGCUCUUGAAAAGAAAGCUCCUAAAGCAGAGGUCGAAGCAAAGAAGGAAAAGAUUAAAUCCCUUCUAAAGACAAAAGAGCCAAAAGUACCAGAGGUAAAAUCAAAACCAGCUGUAAAAAAAGAACUGGAAACACCUAAAGAAAAGGCCAGGCCUGCUGCAGCAAAGAAAGCCAUGUUGAAGGAAAAGACCAAACCAGCCCACGUGAAGAAAGAGCCUCGUGUUUUAAAAGAAAAGAUAAAGUCCAUUGCAACAAAGAAAGAGGACAGGGUUCUCAAAGAGAUACAAGAGCCUGCAAAGAAAGGAAAAACUGCUGAGAAGAAAGCUGAUAAGGAGGAGAAAGUUAAAGUGGAGCCGUCUCUAUCGGAUAGCUUUCUCAUGGAAGAUGAGCUGCCCUACUUCCAGUGUUUCUUUGUGGAUGAGGACGAGGCCCAGUUUCCGUUUUACGCCUUCUCGCCGCUGCAGAUUUGACACGUCAGUCUGUGGUCUGACAUUUACAAUUUAGUCAAAUUACCGAUAAGGACGAGGUCACUUCACACCCUGUACUGUCGAAACACGGGUGAUGCUGUUCGCCUUCAGCAGAAAUCUCUGCACAGCAGAAGACGACAGGUUAUGAGAUGGACCGUUAUUUUUCUCUUUCCAGAAUUGGUUGAGCUCUCAUACCAAAUACAUGCAGUCAGUGUCAUUCCUUUUCUUUUCUUUUCUUUUUUUAAUAUUUUUUUAAGUAAUAAUUUCUUUUGCAUAUUUUAAAUAGAGCAAUUUACUAUUUCACUUCUAUGGAUUCAAACCCUUUAAUAUAUUUACAGCUUACUUUGUUUUCUCAUAAAAGGUCCAGAAAAUGGUGCAGUAUUUUUAAAGUAGCUACAAAGUGUAGAGUAGUUUACACUGUGAGGUUAACAGGGUACAAAACUGCCACAGUUGCUACUCCAAGACAGACCUUCUUAGCCCACAUUUACUUGAACAGUGGUUUGCGUUGUAAUUGUACAUCUCUGUGGCGUCUUUCUUGAUCAUGUUGCUCAUCCCACCCUUUAUAGCACUUGUUCAUGAUUCAUUCUCAGUUUCCUAUUGUUCUUCCCAAAUGGGGACACAACAGAUAUCAUAUCAUUACUGAAUGACUUUUUUACCUUUUAUUUUUGUUUUAUGCAUCAAAAGGAAUGACCAUGCACUGUAUAUGAGAGCUCCCAAUCUUGCUACCUGAAACAUUUAAAGUCUUAUCAAACUGUACCAUCUGGAUAUCUGCACCAGCUCCUCGUUAUUAUAUUGGUGCUAGUAAGAGGCAUUGCCUAAAAUCUCAGAAUGAGGAUUGAGUUCAGUUUUUUUUGUUCCUUUCAAUCUAUCAAAAACAUCAGCAAAUCAAGUGUCAGAUUUAUUCUGCAAAUUCGUUGAUUGACCAAAAUCACACUGUAGCUGACUUUGGUCACUGCUGUUGCACUGUGUGCACACAGUAGAAGCUAACGUACUGUAGAAACCUAAUGAGCAGGUUCCUUUAAACAAGAAUGCAAUCAAUAUUGCCUAAAUAUGCUAUGGCAACAUUAAGAUAAUAUUAAUGACAACUGUAUAAUGAUAUCUCAGAUUCAUGCUGCUAAAAUGCAGCAUAAUACAAACAGGAUUUCUGUUAUCUGAAUAUCCUUUACUUGAUCAUGUCUGAUGAACACAAAAGCAAUGUUGGCUGAGUCUAAUGUCAAAUUUUACAUUGUUGAUUGCACCGGCACACCGUGUGAUCACAUUAUAAGUCGCUGCAGAAGGUGUCACAUGUUUGGACAGGUGAUCUCAGAUGUAAAACAUUUCUCAGUCUGCUUUUAGCAGCUACGUAUGGCUACAUUGUUGCAUUUGCUCCAUAUGUUGCACAGAGAGCAGUUUUCUACAUCCUGUGUCGCUAAUCCUGAAGCUUAUAUAUAAAUCUGCUUAUCUUUUAAAAUGAUACCAGUGCACACUUUGUCAGUCUAGGAAUAAUGAAAGCUCACACUCUGCAGCUCUCAGUGAGCUCAGAGUUUAAUAGCGAUUCAUGAACUGAUGAAGUUUUGGACACUUUUUACAAAACAAUUUAGAUUAUUGUCAUUAUUAUUAUUUAUGGUACCAAAAGAUAAAUAAACUUGUUUAAACUGUAUAUUAAUGACUCACGUUUACCAGGUGAACAUGUGCAAUACUUAGAUCAGCGAUCAAAGCGCAUUAUGUUAGUCUAAUAGUCUUUUAAUGAAGUAUGCAUGAUGUGUGUGCCUUUGUUUUAUGCUCUUAUAUUUUUAUGUGGUUCCCUAAUAGCGUGAACACUUGAAGACAGGAAUCAGUGAAUUUGAUGAUGUGUGCCAGUGUCACUGUAUGGUGUCGCUGACAUACACACUGUGUUAAAAUGCUCUUGAUGUAAAUAGUUAAAUAUACAGAAAAACUGAUUGUUUUAUCCCUGAUUCAUUAUUCCUGAAGCAGCUCUUCAUCUUCAGUAAAAACCACAACGUGUAUCAUUUGUCACUUAAUCCCUUGUGAAUAGAACAAUUAGGCAUUAAAACAUAGCAAUGCAAGUGUUUUGACUUUUCUUUAAGCAUACCAACAUUUCUAACACAAAAAUGGGCUGACGUCGUUUUUAUACUGUAUACUUUAUGUUUAAUGCAUGAAGUUUUUUUUUAACUAUCUAAAUGUGAAAGUAUUUCAGUAUUUCACCUCAAAUCGAGAUAAGUAUGAAGAGAGGUGUCUGUUGUGCAGUAGGGGUCAUCUCUGGGAGCAAUUUUAUUUUUUCCUGUAAGAAACUAGGGGUCAUUUCAGGAUCGGGCAACUGUAUCUGACAUGUAGGAGAGAAAGGAAAGGUCCAGAAAAACAACCAAGCAGAGAUCAAAUUCACCGGGAGACUAAACGCACGACCAAUGAAAAGCAUUAGCGAGACGGGACAUCGUGGUGUUUCUUUUCAUUUUUGUGCUGCUGAUACUCACAUGUACUUCCCUGUUAAACCCACUGAUCCCGGCAUGAUGAAUUCCCUGCAGGACUGACCAUGUGAUUUCAGAGAGUUGAUGGCAAAACAUUGUCAUCCGGCUAAUCCCCAACCUAACCUCUAACCUGAUUAUAGACGUUUUUAGCAUCAGCAGUAAAGAAAAAGUGUAGUUUUAAGCCAUUUGCAUAAAACAAGUGUUAAUCUACUUAAACUUAUUAAUAAAAACUGACUUUUCACCUGAAUUUCAAUGAUUAUUAAUGUGAAAUGUAGUGAAAUUUGAUUAAAACCCAUUAAUACAAGGCUAACCUUUAUGUUAUUAAGCCUCACAAAUUAUAUUUAUUACCUCAGGGUCUUGCCUGUGUUCUCAAUGGUAGCUACACUCCUGAUCAGUGUGUUUAAGUGAAAGAUUGUAGCAGUUAGACAACUGAACCAAAGAGGAUAUACAGUAGAUGGUCAGGUCUUUAUACUCUAUUUCCCUAAUAAGGCCAGGGAGGGGUUACUACAGGUCAGCUUACACCACUGACACAGAUUCCUCACAAAGAGGAAACUCCCGCUGCUCUCCCAGAGUACAGCAAACACUGCAGACAGAAGACGCUUAACUAUUAUCUGUCUUUGUUUCUGCUACACAGAAUGCGAUAAUCUCCCUUUUCUAUGUGAUUAUGCCACUGUGAAAUAUUGAGAAAGUAACUCCCCGUGAGCUUGUCUUCUCACUGCAUGCAGCCUAAAUGCUUUUCAGUGUUGUAUAACUGGAGCAUAAAGACAGACUUUAAAUUAAUUCAUCUGGCCACUGCUAAAUGAGUUCCACUCCAGUUACCACAGCUUCUUUGUGUUACGGCCUAUUCAAAGGUGGCCAGAAACUGAACAGCGUGUGUGUUGAGAUGAGAAGAAUGGCCACAUGUAGUCAGUGUUCAGUAGGCUGGACACAGCACAGAGCUGAAAAAGGGAGGCUUUAGCAUCUUAAAAUGUAGGAACUAAAACAGUGUUAAAUAAUAUUUAUAUUAGAGAUAUAAAAACCCACAGCUGGACAAAGGUUUGCUGGCAAACUCUAACACUAGAGUGACUAUUGCAUCCAAACUGUCUACAUCCUGCGUGGUGUCCUGUCUUAUCAUCACACCAGUGGCAGCAUUUAGUCACGGUUGGUCCGCACAGCAUCGAAUGAUGCUUCUACGUAAUGACACCACAACUUUAACCGGAUUAUCUUGAGACGAGUGACAUCACCACCCCCACCCUCCCCCUAGCUUCUCGCCAUCUCUGACCAUCUGGGGGUUACUAAAGGGCAUUCACACAGCAAUUUCAAUGGUCAGACUGGCUGCUGGUGCUGCAUGGUCGGCUCAAGCCUGCACCGUCACCCUGCAGCUGUCACCUGUAACAGACUCUGACGGGGACUGUUCCCACGACAUAUAUGAGCAGAAAUGUGGAAU